AUGCGAUCAGCGUCGACAACUGGAACGCGCCUCACCUACAUCAUCGCCGCCGUAAGUGCCGCCACUCUCCAUGUCAGUGGUGCCGCGCCCCCCACCAUCAAGGAUUCGAACUCCAACCUGGCGUCAACUAUCGGCACCACCGAAGAGAACGGCGACCGGAUGCUGCGCAAAGUGAAGGAGGGCCCUGUGUCCGAGGAAAAUGACGAGGAACGGACAGGAGGGGCCCUUGGCAAGUGGUUCAGGUAG